UAACGCUCUCUAAGCAAGCGGAACAAACGCGUUCUAUUUACUGGAAUUCGGAAGUCAUUCUACGCUCCGUUCCAUUUAUACAUGCCAACGAGUUGAUUUCGUUACUCGACCGCACAAGGUCCCGACAGGCGACGUGAUAGAUAGUAUGGUUUUCCAAAGUACGAGCAAAACAUACCCAAGGCACUUGUCUACAAUUGCCUGCCUCUCCGUUCUUCAUCGUCUUCCUUGAGUCGUGCUGAACAGCAGAUUCUCGUGGCUCCCGCUCUGUGGCAUAGUUUUGCUCGUUCAGAGCGUUACACAUCGCAGAAAGUGAAACCAAGGAAGGAGGAAAAUUUGUUUUAGAAUUUUUCUCCUUUCGAUGUCGCACAAUAGCAGAAACAUUGGAUGAAAACCCAUCUCAACAUUAACCUGCCUUGAUGUGGACCAGUGUGUAGUGCGUAUAAUAUGUGAGUACAGUGCUUCGAGGCUCUGUGUGAGUGAUGAAUUAGCAAUAACGGUGGUUCCAGUGAUCCUGAAACGGACGUACUCUGAUUGAUAAGUAGAAAUCAUCGUGGAUUUGAAAGUGGUUUGCCGAAAUCGUCCCAUUUUGUUGCCAUUAUGCCUGGUGAAAUUACGUUUGUUGCAAUGCGGUAGUAAUGGCACAUUCCAGAAUUGCAAUAGAUUGCAAUAACCAGAAGCAAUCAUCACGAAGCUACAGUAAGCUCGCUAUUGCUACAAUUAAUAGCUUGACGAUGUACGUUAAGCUACUGUCACUAUGUGGAAUCCGGAAUCCGAUAUCCUCUAUUAUAUGCCGGCAGCGAUUACUCUUGAAGCAUAUGGUCGCGCAAAUUCGUCAACACUACAUUCCAUAAUUAGCGCUGUACUAACAUAUCUCGCAUAUCUCAUUGUGAGCUGGGCGGAAAACACCCUGAAUUUAAACGAAGCUCGGACGUAAGACACAAAGUCUCUAUCAAAAAAAAAAAACAAACACCAUCACCUUCAGUCUUAAAAGUGUACUCUUAGUGAAUGGAGCGUUUCUAAUACGACAGUGUGUGCCGAAGGAACCUUUAUUGUUUAUUUUUCUUCCGUUUCGUUUUAAAAUGCGCCUCUCUGUGAAGUGCGAGAAGAAAACUCUGUGACGAUUAGUGCAGUAAGAUCAUGCGAUAUGGAAAAGUUAUAUUGGCGACAACAAGAAAAUCGCGUUUCUAUUCUGAUGCGCGGAACAUGUCGAAACAAAGAACUGGAAAAUUGGUGAUUAACAUAUCGCAAACGGAAUUACCAACCUUAGUCAUUACGGAGCAAGGACGUGUCCACAUUUAGUGUGUUUCUGCGUAUUACGAAUUGAUCGCUGCUGAUUUGGUGCGAGGUGCAAGAAGGAAAUAUUUUCAGGUUAUUGCCAAUUCCGAAGAAACGAAUGGAAGAUUUCCAAAAGCACACCAUACGAAAGAUCGCACCUACCGCAUCCGAAGAUCUGCAUAAACAUGCAUGGUGGCGAAUAACCACCGAUUAUGGGGGAAAAUGUCCUUUAUCCAAACAAUCCAUCCUGGGUGUUUUCCUUAUAACCCUUAUAUGUUACUCCUGUCCAGCAACUCUAGAAAACAUCCCGUCUUUCUCGAUUGUUCGAGACGAUCCCUUCCCACGAUACAUCCCAUCCAUAAGACUAUGCUGACGUUAUGACUAUCAGUUGACCGAGUAGAUGAAGCAACCAGUCCUUCAUAGACUUCGUCGACGUGAAAGCAUCGUUGUGUACAUCACAGGAUCAUCGGCGCAAAUAAGGGGAAACAUUCUUCCAUUGAGAUAUGCACAAUAACAUAUCGUUGCAGUAAUCGGCGUUAUCAUCGCACCAUCGAACAUCACGUGGAACCACGAACAACACAACAUCAACUCAUUCUGCGUAUGUUCCGUAUAAUACUGUUAAACUGUUUUCUAUUGCUCCACUUAGUACAAGAGCCAGUUGAUGGCGGCCGAAGUGAUCCCAAUCAACUUCGAUCCGUAUUCGUUUUGUUGCAUUGUUGAUAUGUGUGUAUAUAUAUAUAUAUUAUAAUAUAAAAAAUACUGCUAGAUAAUAUGUUUCGCGCUGUAAAAGAUGUAAGUUUUCGUCAUCCAGCUUGCAAGUAUUCGUUACCGGCACCAGGGAAAGGAUUUUUAUCCUGAUUUUAAUGGGUCAAUUCAAAAUCCCUUCGUUGUGGAUUCCACAAUAGCUGUAUUUGUAUGAAUUUGAAUAAAUAAAAAAAUUAGUUUAAAAAUAAUAUGUUCUUUGCAUUGCCGCGUCAUGAUAUCACAAAAAAUACUGGCAAGGCUCGCCAUUUGUUUGCAUUUGCUGCAAUUAUACCCCUUUGUUGUAAUUAGUGAUGGCAUUUCUUUUCGUCGUUUCAAUCUUUGGGUAUUGGAGAAUAUUCCGAGUAUGUUGGGGUUAUUUUGUCGUAAUAUUACCAACCUGUUCACGACAGAAUCCGCACUGUGAAAUGAAAUUUUUUGACCCUAUGAAAGAAAAGUAAUCAGUACAAUUAAAAAGAAUCUUAGAUGUUAAACUAAAUCUUCAAAGUAUUCAGACUGCUUAUAAAAAGAUCAAUUACAAGGCAAUGUUGGAAUAUUGUUUAGGGAAAUCGCAUUGUCUAUCACUCCUAUCAAUUGAUUCAUUGCAGGACAUCAGUAACGAUAAUAUAGAUACAAUAUGGUGAGGAUGUUAGCAUAAAUAAUGUAAAACUCAAAGUUUUUGUUUCGAAUUUCCACGGCAGCAAAUUUUCACCCGAAUAAGAGAAAGAGAGAAGGAAGAGAAAACAUAGGGGUUGAAAGUGAGAGAUUGUUUACAAAUCGUAGACGCAGACUGUCAAAAGUGUGCAGUAAGUUUGGCUCGGUUGGUUGAAGUGCAGCAGAGCAAAGUUAAUCGCAACAUUCGUUUAUAUGCUAAUCCCGAGCGUGUUUCACCUUGCAAACGUGCUAAGAACAUGUAUCUAGUGCUAGAGGACACAGUAGUGGCAAUUUAUUAAGAAUAUUUCAUUCAAAAUGUCGCUGGUUGAUAAAGAACUUACGCACAGGCAGAGUGUUGAUAGCUGUGAUCUGUUGUAAUGAGGAAAAAGAAAUAACUCGUAUGAAAGCUGUCAAACUUGGCGAACUAAAUUUAUAAACCAAUCCUAGCACUUUGCCUGCUGCUAUCGUGUAUAGUGAAUGUUUGUUUGGCGUUAAUUUGAGGAGAUAACAAGUGCGUUUAGUGAACAAAUAAUGGAGCCCAACAAUCGGCCGAUCGCUGGUGAAGCGUACGAACGCAACACCAUCUCGACAAACACAUUCCAGAUCUGGGAAACGACUGUGCGGUUGGCGCAGAUUCAAACGCUCAUCGAUAAGCUUUGUCUCGCGACCUGUCCGGACGAGGCGAUGAUAUGCUUCCUCCAGGAGACGGACGGCCAGUCCAUGCUGGAUAUUAUAUCCGACGAUGAAGAAGAAGACGAUACAGAACCACAGCUACGCGGCAAGAGUUAUCUCAAGCGAAUGAUUCAGGAUAUGUACACGCGGCCCCAGAUGAUCGGCACAGUAAAAAUGAUCCUGUACCACUGCCUGACGACAAUGGCAGAAAAGCUAACGCAGGACAUUAAGUUCCGCUCGGAAAAUGCCGAAUUCUUCGACGAUCUUGAGCUGGUGUUAAGCCGCAUGACUGAUGAGGCGGCCGAAACUACCAAGCGCGAAAUCAUGCAGUACUUGUCGAUUGCAAAGAAACGGCUAGCCAAACGGAAGCGGGUACGGGAUCAGCAACAACACCAGGAGCAACGGCAGCAGCAACUACAGCACCAAGAACAGCAGGAACCUUCAUCAUCGUCGUCUCCCUCUUCUUCCUCCUCCUCUUCCUCGUCCACUACACCGACGCCUGACUGUAGAAUUUCCCCGCCCUAUGGGUCAUAGGAAGCCACGGGUCAGUCGAAGACGAUUGGCUGAAUGAGUGGGGCACAAUCCGUUUGCUUUCGGCUGGUUAUUACAGCAUUGAAUCACGGAUGGAUUAGUUUAAUUAUUAUUUAUAUUUGCUACCUUCUUGAAUGGGAAUGCAGCAAUCGCCGAUCGUGGUACCGAGACACGAUGAUGGCCAACUGUGUGAGUCCUCUAAUGCGGAAGUUAAUAAAAUUAUUAUUUCGUUUACAUGAAUAAAUCAUAUGUAGGUGCAUUUUAAGAA